AUGAACUUUAAUAGAUUUUAAUUAGGAGAAAUAGGAAAUAUAUGCUUAGUUGACACACCAACUAUGGAUUUAGAUUGUGGUAUAGAUGAAAGAGAAGAUGCCAUAUCAUAAUUUUAACAAUUCUUUGUAAAUUUUAAGACUUCAAUAAGCGCUAUUAUGAUAGUUGUUAACUUUGAAAGAACUGACUUAAUGAAACAAAAAUUAAUAAGAACCUUAAAAUAUUUGAAAAAAUUUUAAGAUAUGAUAUAUAUAUUAAUAACUGAUUUUCACUUAAGUGAAAAUCAUGAUGGCGAUAAGUCAUAAUUAGAGUAAUCCCUUAAAUUUUUAAAUUUGAAAGGGAUUAUCUUUUUAAAUAAAGAAGAAAAUGAAAAAUGGAUGAUAGAGGAAUUAAAUGCAAUUGAACAAAAAUCCUCUCAUUAAGUAUUUGAUAUAAAUGACACAAUCUUUGCUAUCAUUGAUGACAAAAUGAAUGCUUCAUUAAUGGAUUAAAUUAAUUUAAAAUUUUCAUCUUUAAAGUGA